GGACAACCUGCUAUUUCUGUGGCUUCAUUUGGGAGCAGUGCUGCUAAGUAAAUCAGCUCUGAUACAAGUUGUCAAUAAGAGGCUGUUUUGAAAGGCCAUGAGGAAUUAUUUCAUGGACUGCACCCUUCCCAUUUCAAGCCGGGCAGAUUGAGGGAGAGGCAGGUCACAAAAGGUCAUUUCAUCUCUGGACAGCCAUGUUCGUGCUCGCCUGCAACAUCUGAUGAUCUCACAGGCGGAUAUGUUCUCGAGUUUGCGAUUGGCCAGCUGUCCAGAUGAUGUGGCCGGCGGCUUGAAAUAAAGGAGAUUUCCCAUUCAUCAUUGAAGUGAAGACCAAAAGGAAGCAGUAGGGCAUCAUGACACAGCAGGUCAGUGGCUCACCAUUCCUCAAGCCCUUCUUCCUGAGGAUGCCGGUCAGAGUGGUCAGACCUCUGCGGCAGAGACGACACACACUCCCCGCCAGCGAGUUCAGGAACCUCACGCCACAGGAUGCCAUCAGUGUGUUUGAGAUUGAGAGAGAGGCAUUUGUCUCUGUGUCUGGAGAGUGUCCACUUACCCUGGAUGAGGUGCUUAACUUCCUGAGUCAGUGCCCUGAGUUGUCGUUGGGUUGGUUUGAGGAGGGACAGCUGGUAGCUUUCAUCAUCGGCUCUGGCUGGGACAAAGAGAGGCUUUCACAGGAAGCAAUGACUCAGCAUGUCCCAGCCACCCCCACAGUGCACAUCCAUGUGCUGUCAGUGCACCGCCACUGUCGCCAGCAGGGCAAAGGCUCUAUCCUUUUGUGGCGGUACCUGCAGUACCUGCGCUGUGUUCCAGGCCUCCGCAGAGCUCUGCUGAUUUGUGAGGACUUCCUGGUGCCCUUCUACCUCAAGGCCGGCUUCAAGCAGAAAGGGCCAUCAGCCAUCUCUGUAUCCAACAUGCAGUUCCAAGAGAUGGAGUAUACGCUCGGCGGGCAGGCGUAUGCACGACGAAACAGCGGCUGCUAGUCAAUCAACCACCUACCCCACCUCUUAUUCCACUUACUCACCUCUCACAUGGACUCAGGGCUGAAAAGAUGUAAGACGGAUGGACAGGUAGAGGCGCAGGGCCAGUAUGCACCAGCAGACUGGCUAUAUCAGGCAGUAUCACUUCACCAACUGAACAAGGAGUAAGGACAGAGGGGGCCGACAGUGGAUUCACUUCUUCAUGCAAAAUAAAUGAAUGAGUGACUUUGCAGUUGAUAAUUUGGCUUAUCAGACAAAUCAUAUUCCUUCUGUUACAAGUAGCAUCUUGGCUUUAAGAGCUUAAUGUUGUUGUUUUUUUUUCAUGUAUUUAUUGUUUGUAUUGUAAUGGAGGUAAUUAAUAGAAAAUAUCUUCCAAAUCCAUUAAAUCUUGAGUUGUGAUGUAAAUACCAUUCUAUUUUUGUAAACCAUAUCAAUGAAAAGAUGUGAUGAAUUAAUAGUGUCAUUACUGUAAGACAAAGUCACCUAAGGACCUAUG